CAGCGCCCGGCUUGGGUCGGCCGUGGCGGCCUGGCUGUUUUUAGGCCAGGUCUCUAGGACCGGCCCGGAAGAUGGUGCUGGGCGGUUGCCCUGUGAGUUACCUAUUGCUAUGCGGCCAGGCGGCCUUGCUUUUGGGGAACCUGCUGCUGCUGCACUGUGUCUCUCGGAGCCACUCGUUUAAUGCUACGGCCGAACUGGAUCUCACCCCCUCAGGCGCCGCUCACCUCGAGGGUCCCGCGGCCUCGAGCUGGGAAUACAGUGACCCCAACUCUCCAGUCAUCCUUUGCUCUUACCUACCCGACGAGUUUGUAGAUUGCGAUGCCCCAGUGGAUCACGUUGGAAAUGCAACUGCAUACCAGGAACUUGGUUAUGGUUGUCUCAAGUUUGGGGGUCAGGCCUACAGUGAUGUGGAACACACUGCAGUCCAGUGCAGAGCCCUGGAGGGAAUCGAGUGUGCCAGCCCCAGGACCUUCCUACGAAAAAAUAAGCCUUGUAUAAAGUACACUGGACACUACUUCAUAACCACGCUUCUCUACUCCUUCUUCCUGGGAUGCUUCGGAGUCGACCGCUUCUGUCUGGGACACACUGGAACAGCGGUUGGGAAGCUGCUAACCCUUGGAGGACUGGGGAUCUGGUGGUUCGUCGAUCUUAUUUUGCUCAUCACUGGGGGGCUGAUGCCUAGUGACGGCAGCAACUGGUGUACUGUCUACUAAACGUGGCUGCUGCCCUCUGCCGGCAACUGGUGUACUGUCUACUAAGCACGGCUGCUGUCCUCUGCCGGCCAGGGAAGCGAGCAUUUGGCUGGCGGGAUAAUUAGGAGAAGCUCUGAAUUCUCUGAACAUCACCGUCCUCUUUAGGAGGAAGGACCGACCGAGUUUUUCAACCCAAAUCUUAACCUUGCAGACCAGAAUGACAAGCAGUAUUGUGGGAGCCCAGUCAUACCUUGCCUCACAUACAAAAGCUCAAAGCUCAAAGACAGUGACUUUUAUCCAGAGAUCAUUUUCAGUGAUGUUUCUGUGUGGCUGGAUUUCAGUCGUUUGGAGCAGGGGGACCCAGUAGGAUAAACCGAGGGAAUGUUUAACCACUCACAGCCUUUUGUGACCCUCAGUUUUCAUGCACAGAUGAGAAGCUGCGCCAGGGAGAAGUCUUGAGAAUAUAGAAAUGACUGGAUUUUAAUACACACCAAAAGUCUGACUCUGGGAAUUUAAAUUGCAAAAUAAAGUUUUAAAACCUA